CACUCACAAUUCACCUCUCGUUCCGUUGCUCGAGCUCCCGGAUUUGUCAUCAAUACCGGUGAGGCCGAGCCAAUCUCUCCCGUGCAUCAUUUCACACACUGCAAUAACAUUAACUCUGGACAAUCAUACACGCACUCACACACCCGCAUACAUCUCACACUUUGUUUAUAUUUGUAUAUAUUUUGUAUAUAUUGGUUUUUGGUGCACCUUGUUUGUUUGUUUGUUUGUUUGUUGGUUUAAUACACGUUGGUUUGGUUUAUAUAUGGUUAUUGUGUCGCGUCUUUACUUGUCCUGUCUUGAUUGCGCAAUACCGGAAGUGCAGUUUAAAAACCCGUAUUUUGAUUCUCGACCCCGUAGCAAAGUAACUAGUGGUUUAAUUAAAUCCAAGUGUUACAUAGUGGUGGCCCGUACGUACGGGGAAUCGGUAUUUUCGGGUAUUUUCCGGUUUUGUGCGUCUUGGCAGAACAAAAUGGAUGCUAACAUUGCUAAUGCUAAUGCUAGUGGUGCCGUGCAGGCCGACCUUGCUGUAGCUAAUAAUGUGCUGGAGGAUGUAGAUGAUGCAUUUGUUACACGCCGUAACCCUACAGCUGAAAUAACCUCAUUGAUUAGUUCACUAUAUAUAUCUGACAGACAUGAUGAUGAUGAUGAUGAUGAUGAUGUUGGGUCUGAUAUUAAUGUUGUGCAUACAUUGCAAACUGAACUGAAUCAAUGCAAGGAGGAUAUGGGGGCGCUUACUGACAAAGUGAACACGUUGGAGCAGGAUUUUAGACAAUCCGUAAACAGCAGUUUGAACAGGGAAACCAGUUUUCGGGACGCAGUGGACGCUAGCUUAGAAGGGCUGGAGCGCUACUGCCAAGAGGCCCUGGAGAAACUGGAAAGAGCUGUCACUGACUGUUUUCUGAGACGUGACGUAAUCUGGGAAAACCAGAUGAAAAAACUACGGCUCACAAGUACGCCCACCAUCCAAAGGUUAAAGGCCUACACCCCUGCAUCUCCCCAAUCUCCUGUUCUACAUUCUCCCAGCACGGCGAUCACAGCAUCUACGGCAAAGCUUACCUCCUCAGUUUCACCCUCUUCUUCUUCCUUUUAUGGCCGACCACCCAUCCGCCUGGAGUUUCCAGCCUUUGGCGACGCUUCAGAGACAGCGGAUGUUCUUAACUUCAUCGAACAGUGUGAAAACUAUCUGGAGAUCAGACCACUGCCCAGCCCAGAACUGUUAGGAACCCUCAGCACGGUGCUACGAGGACCUGCUCUGAGCUGGUGGAAGGCAGAGAAAGGCAAGGUGAAGGACUGGAAGUCUUUUAAACAGGCAUUUAUGGCGGCUUUCUUACCGGAUGACUAUCUCACAGAAGUGGAAGAAAACUUAAGGUCUCUGAAGUUUGUGAUGGCUGAUGGGAAAACACACCAGGCGCAAACCCAGAGAAGGCUGAGUUACAACUGGCACACGAUCGAAUGUGAGCUGGACACUUACGUCAUGAGCAACUCUCACCUGGCUUUCCCGCUGAUCGUGGGGCUGGACUUCUUAAAAGCCACAGGAGCGACCUUGGACGUCGCACGCGGGGAGUAUGGGCUGAAAACAGAGGAGGGAGUCACUUAUCAUCCCUUCAUAAUGUCCCAACCCCACUCUGCGCCAUCUAAGCCUGCUCAAAGGAGCCACUCUCAUCUCCCGGCUACAGCUAACCUGUAUUUAGCCUUACCGGUGACUCCUGAUGAUCUCCUAUGCGCGGAGGAAAACACAAAAACUAAAGAGCCUGUGUUUAGCUCUAUGUCUGUCCUUAGCUCUUUGCCUGUCUUUAGCUCUAUAGGGCCUCAGUGCAGGCUCCGUCACGUCAGAGGGCCUCAGUGGAGGAUCCAUCACGUCGCAGAGCCUCAGUGGAGGCUCCGUCUCAUCGGAGAGCCUCAGUGGGAGUCCCAGUAUUCUCAGAGCCUCAGUGCAGGCCCCCGUUUCCACAGAGAGCUCCUCAGUGGAAGCCCCGGCUUGGAGGACGACCCAGUGCUGCAUCGGUCGACCGGAUUAAAGGACGACCCAGUGCUUACUCUGCUGCCCGGCCUACAAGAACGAUCCAGUGUUGCCUCCGCCACCCAGCUGCAAGUGCAGGCUGCUGCUGCCUCCGUCGCCUGGCUUCGGCGAGGGCCUCAGUGCAGGCUCCGUCACGUCAGAGGGCCUCAGUGGAGGAUCCAUCACGUCGCAGAGCCUCAGUGGAGGCUCCGUCUCAUCGGAGAGCCUCAGUGGGAGUCCCAGUAUUCUCAGAGCCUCAGUGCAGGCCCCCGUUUCCACAGAGAGCUCCUCAGUGGAAGCCCCGGCUUGGAGGACGACCCAGUGCUGCAUCGGUCGACCGGAUUAAAGGACGACCCAGUGCUUACUCUGCUGCCCGGCCUACAAGAACGAUCCAGUGUUGCCUCCGCCACCCAGCUGCAAGUGCAGGCUGCUGCUGCCUCCGUCGCCUGGCUUCGGCGGCAAUCAAGUCUUGUAUGGAUAUAG